AUGGCAUCAAAAGCCUUUGGUUCUGUUAUACUCUUGAUCGUUACCAUUCUUCUCUGUGGAACAAUUCAAUUAGGGAUCUGUAGAUCAGAAGAGAAAAGCACGGAGAAGACGACGAUGCUAGGAGGCGUUCAUGAUCUCCGAGGAAAUCAGAACAGUGGAGAGAUCGAAAAUCUCGCUCGAUUUGCCAUUCAAGAGCAUAACAUAAAAGAGAACAAGGUUCUUGAGUUCAAGAAGAUUGUAAAAGCAAGAGAGCAGGUAGUUGCAGGAACCAUGUACCACUUAACUCUAGAAGCAAACGAAGGCGCUCAGACGAAGAACUUCGAAGCCAAAGUUUGGGUGAAGCCAUGGAUGAAUUUCAAGCAGUUACAAGAGUUUAAGGAAUCCUCCACUUGA